AUUUCCUCCGUCAUUUUAGUCUACAUACACUUCAUAUUCACUACGUUGCUUUUUCUAGUAAUUAUUAGUGACCGGUCUUUAAUUUAACAACUAAAAUCAUGAAUAUGUAUUUCAAUUCGAGUAAUCUAUUGCAUUCAGUCCUACUCAUUGUAAGUUCCUUUGUAGUAUACGUACAAUCCGACGUUCCAAGACCCCGUGGUGUGUCUUUAUCUAAAGCAUCGUUGUAUUCGCCGACUAAAGACUUUACGUGUUUCGAUGGGACUGUUACAAUACCCUUUAGUUAUGUGAAUGACGAUUACUGUGACUGUUUCGAUGGAAGUGAUGAGCCGGGUACAGCGGCAUGUUUGAAUGGAGUAUUUCAUUGUACAAAUGCAGGUCAUCGGGCCCAAAAUAUUCCAAGUUCACGGGUUAACGACGGAGUUUGUGAUUGCUGCGAUGGUACCGAUGAGUAUGCUGCACCAAACAUCUGUGUGAAUACAUGUGAAGAACUUGGAAAAGAGGCAAGAGCUGAAGCACAGAGAUUAACAGAAUUGCAUAAAGCUGGUAGUCAUUUAAGGCAAGAACUCAUAGAGAAAGGAAAUAAAAAGAGAAGUGAAAUGGCUGAACAAUUAACACAGUUAGAAAAAGAUAAGGCGGAUGCUGAGAAAAUUAAGGCAGAAAAAGAGUCACUUAAAAAUGAAAUUGAAAGUAAAGAGAAUGAUGCUCUUAAAGUAUAUAGAGAGGUAGAGGAAAUUGAGAGACAAAAGAAAGCUGAAGAAGAAAAGGAGAUAUCAAGAAAAGAGUCAUUAGAGCAAUUUGAAAGAUUUGAUUCUAAUAAUGAUGGGUUAUUAACUUCAGAUGAGAUUUCAACAGCAAAUGUUUUUGAUAAGAACAAAGAUGGGCAGGUUGAUGAGGAGGAAAUAAAAUAUUUCUUUGGAGACAGUGAAAGUGUUGAUAAGGAUUCAUUUGUUACUACAACUUGGCCGUUAUUGAAGCCAUUAUUAAUGAUGGAACAAGGUAUGUUUACUCCCAUGCAAGAUGAAGAAGAAUCUGAUCCUGAUCCCGAUGAGGAAACUAACCAAGAUGUGGAUAAUGAAGAUCCAGGAUCAGAAGAUGACACUGCAGAUUCAGACCUGCGGGUUGAUGAUACUGAAGAACAUGAAAUUGAGGCAGAUACACCCAAUAAAUAUGAUGAAGAAACUCAAAAAUUAAUUGAAGAAGCCACAGAAGCCCGAAGACAAUUCAGUGAUGCUGAAAGAACUGUUAGAGAAAUAGAUUCAAAUAUAAGAAACAUUCAACAGAAUUUAGAAAAGGAUUAUGGCUUGCAGCAAGAGUUUGCAACACUGGAUGGUCAGUGCUUUGAAUAUGAAGAUAAGGAGUAUGUUUAUAAACUAUGUAUGUUCCAAAAGGUAACACAAAAAUCAAAGAACAGUGGGUCUGAGAUUGGGCUUGGAAAUUGGGGUGAAUGGGCUGGUGACAAUAACAACAAAUAUUCUGUGAUGAAGUAUACCAAUGGAAUUGCCUGCUGGAAUGGACCCAACAGAUUGACUGUUGUUAAUGUGCAAUGUGGAUUAGACACUAAAUUGUUGUCAGUCACUGAACCAUACCGGUGUGAAUAUAAAAUAGAUCUUAGCACACCAGCUGCUUGUGAUGAGUCAAACACAGCACAACAGCAGUCUGCACAUGAUGAACUAUAAAGUGUUCACAUUUUCACAUCUCACUGUGAGGUAUUAAUAAUAAUAUUAAGUUAUUAAGAAUCAGUCAUUUAUUUAGGCAGUUUUUCACUACGGUAGUAAUUUCACAAUACAUGAAUGAAUUCUGAAAUUUUAUACCUAGUAUUUUUCUGAUGAUAAUGAUGUAGUAUAAGUAGGAAAUAACUUAUGUAUAAAAAUAGAGAAAUUAUUCAAAAAGAUUUGGCUGUUAUUUUCUUAUCACUUUAUUUCUGAUACUGUUUAAUAUCCAUCAAUGUUUUAAAGACUGAUAUCUAACACUAUAACUUUUUGUUGAAACAUUCCUGAACUGAAGGCUGUUUUAUUUCAAAUACGAGGUUAAAAAUUAUGUGAACAAAACAUUGCGUAAUUAAUAAAAUUGUUUUUUUUUAUUAAAUAAUAGUUUUAAUUUUGUACUCAUAUAUGUAUAGUAGUGACAUACUGUAACUGUUACAUGGAACAGUACUUAUUUAAUCGUAAAGUCGAUAACACAAAUACAUGUAAAAGCACC